GAGACGUGGUGGCCCCGGUCACAGGGCAGCCUGACAAGCUCGCCCACUACCCGACAACCUGCAUGGGUGCCGCAAAGAAGCCCUGGUGGACGCAAUCAAAUGCCACAUUGCAAAGCAACUCUGCGGCCACGAGCACCACCACCUUCACCACCACCAGCACCACCACGACGGUGUCGGUCCAUCGUGCAUCUUGCGAUGACCUGACUUGCCCCGCAGGCUAUGUGGCCAAGACCGUCGGCAAAGCCCAGCUGUGCAAGGACGCCCGGUGCGAGGUCGACGAGUGCUGCGACACAGCGUCUUGGAUCGCCAUCAGCUGGGACGAGACGAAGGAGUGUGACCCCAGCUGCGGCUUGGACGAGGUCACCGAGACCCGAUCUGUGACCUGCCAGGUGCCUGCUACAGGCAGGGUGGUGGCCGAUGGCACCUGUCAGCAGAGCUCCCAGCCAGCUUCCGAGCGGCUGCUCUGCCCUUUCACUGCGGUCUGUGAGAGCUGUGGCGGAGCCUUGGGAUGA